AAUGUCUGCAGUGCUACUACAAGCUCUGGAGCGCGCGGAGAUAACGAAACUCCCGAAAGCUGUUCAAAAUAAACUGGAAAAGCUCCUCUCUGAUCUGCAAUAUGAAAUAGAUUUCCUCAAGGCACACCAGGAGCAAUUUAGAGUCGAUAGUGAACAACAGUUCUUUGAGAAAGUGCAGCGUCUUGAGCAGAGUCAGGAACAGUUUGUGACCCAGACUGAACAGCACUACAAACUCCGAGAGGAGUUCACCAAGAUCAAUGAAGAACUCAAGAGUGUGCGGGAAAAUAAUAAAAAGUGUGAAAUCAACCAAGACAAGUUUACAUCUGAACAGGCCCAGUUCUCAAAAGCCAAAGAUGAACUGGAGUCAGAGAAGAGGGAGCUUGUGCAUACACUGGAGAGGAGAUCUCAGGAAGUGGACUAUCUGAGUGAGGACUUGCAGCGCCUCAAUGACAAAGUGUCAGAAGUCAAUACCACAAAGAUGGGGCUGCAGCUCAAGCUAGACGAGCUCGAAUCCUCAGAGGUCAACAUCAAGUACCGUGAGAAGCGUAUGGAGCAGGAGAAGGAGCUGUUGCAGGGCCAGACGGCCUGGCUGAACGGAGAGCUCAAGGCUAAGAGUGAGGAGCUGCUGGCCCUGUCACGUCAGAAGGGCAACGAGAUCCUGGAGCUCAAGUGCAGCCUUGAGAACAAAGAGGAUGAGUUGAACAGAGUCCAGGACCAAGUGACAAGUUUAAAGACUUCAAGUGAAAGCCUUCAGAAGCAGACUGAAGACAUGAUCAGCAAACUGAAAGAGGCUAAGGAGCAGCACGCUAGCAUGGAGGAGAAGUUUAGGAAUGAGCUGAAUGCCAACAUAAAGCUCUCCAACUUGUACAAGGGAGCUGCUGCAGACUCUGAGUCCAAGAGUGAGGAGUUGAGUGGGGCUGUAGAGGAGCUGCACAAGCUGCUGAAGGAUGCUGUAGAAGCGAACAAGGCCCUGGAGGUGAAACUGCAGGAGAUGGAUGCCUGUCGGAUCAAGGAGGCUGCUGAGCUGAAGGAGAGUAUCUCCAGUCUGGAGAAAGAACUGGACAACGCCAACGAACUGCUGUCCGACACCAAGCUCAGAGGUGCAGCCUCAGUGUUGUCAGAGGAAACGAUUACCACCAUGUCCCCAACUGCAGCCGUCGUGGCCAAGAUUGUCAAACCUGGCAUGAAGCUGACUGAGUUGUAUACGGCGUAUGUGGAGACCCAGGAGGUGCUGGAGCUGCAGCGUGUGGAGAACAAACGGGUGAAUAAGUACCUGGAUGACAUAGUGCAGGAGGUGGAGGCCAAGGGUCCCGUCCUCAAACGCCAGCGGGACGAACAUGAGCGCAUGCAGAAGUCUGUGGCCAGCCUGUCGUCCAAGCUGGAACAGGCAGUUAAGGAGGUGCAACGUCUGCAGAAGGUGACUGACGAGGCCAACAAGCAAUCUUCUGUCCUGGAGAGAGACAACCAUAGGUCUGAGGUGCAGCUGGCAGACAUGGCGCAGCAGAUCCGUGUCCUACUAAUUGAGCUGGAGGAGGCACGUGGCAACCACGUAGUGCCCGACGAGGAGGUGAGCUCUGCUGACAUCAGCAGCACGUCGGAGGUCAUCACACAGCACCUGGUGACGUUCCGUGGCGUGGAGGAGCUCCAGCAGCAGAACCAGCGCCUCCUGGUGGCCCUCCGAGAGCUCAGUGACGCACAGGAGAGAGAGGAGACUGAGACCACAGGCACCAAGCACAGUGAGCUGGAGCGUAGUCUGGAGAAGGCCCAGGCAGACCUGGAGGCUCUGAGGGAGCAGCGGAGCCACCAGAUGCAGCUGGCUGAGUCCAUUGUAAGGCAGAGAGACAUGUACCGUGUGCUGCUGGCUCAGGCCACUGGAGUCAGCUUCCCUCAGCAAGGUGCAGCCACCGAGGAAUUCUCCCUGACCUCCACCCCCCACCGCUCUCCAGCUGCCACCCCCACCACAGCCACGCCCACUGGAAUCAUUACUAUGGCGACAGAGUCAACCGAGGCGGUGGAGGCCAAGGCAGCCCUCCGACAGUUGCAGGAGGUGUUCUCCUCCUAUAAGAGGGAGAGGUCUGAGAGUGACAAGGCCCUGGCGGAACAGACUGAGAAGCUACAGGAGCAGGUCUCUGACCAGAGAUCACAGAAUGCCAAGAUAUCCACCCAACUGGAGUUUACCUCCAAGAGGUAUGAGAUGCUGCAGGAUAAUGUGGAGGGCUACAGGAAGGAUAUUGCCUCUUUGAAGGAGAAGGGACAGAAGAUGGCUGCUGUUGCCCAGAAGAAUGAGCAAACUGUUAACACCAUGACAGAGGACCUGAGGGUUGCACAGGAGAAACUCAACAUGGCAGAGGGUCGUGCUGAGAGCCUCCGGAAGGAGAGGGAUAUGCUGAAGCUAGUGGAGUCCAGACUGACCCAGGAGAAAGAGGCCAUCCAGACCCAACAACGAGGACAGAACAUGCUGCUCGCCAAUCUCAAGACCAUACAGGCCACAUUGGAGCGCUCAGAGACGGACACCAGGCAGCGCCUGAGCGCCCAGAUAGAGAAGCAGGAAAGAGAGAUCGGCCAGCUGCAGAAGAGACUGGGGCACGAUGUGGAGCAACGCCACCUGCUGGGCAGAAACCAAGAUUUGCAGCUGAUGGAUGCCAAAAGGCAGCUGGAGACCCAGACAGGCCUGCUCCAGAAGACCAGGGAUCAGCUGAGUGCUGCCCAGCUGGAGAUGAGCUCUCUCAGGCUGCAGCAGGUCAGUGAAGAAGGCGGUCGUCCGUCCCUGGGCUCCCAAAGCUCCCCGUCCAUUCCCAUGGGCCUCAAAGGACUCCAUGGUUCAAAAGGGGACUCUGAGGAUCUGGGAGGCCGCCUGAGGCAGGCCGAGACGCAGGCAGAGGAGCUGGCAGAGCAGUUGAGGACAGCCACCUCCAGCAAAGAGCAGUACAGAGCCAUGGCCCAGAGCCUAGAGGAGUCCAUGGAUAAGGAGAAGCAGGUGAUGGAGCAGGCUCGGUCCUCCAUGGAGGAGCGUGUAAAGGAGGCUCAGGAGCAGCACCGUCAUCUGGAGAGGAAGCUCCUGGAAGCAGAGAAGGAGAAGCAGGGCCUGCAGGAGGAGAAGAGGAAAGCCCUGGCCUCCGUAGAGCAGCAGGUGGCUGAGCUGAGGAGGAGUCUGAGCAGUGUGCAGGCGGACCACCAGGAGGCGCUACAGAGGGCGGCGGUGGCAGCAGCCCAGGAACAGCAGGCCAUACUGGACAGCCAGGAGCAGGCAACGCUGGCGUCGGAGGCUCAGGAUAAGUACGAGCGUGAGAUGAUGCUUCACGCUGCAGACGUGGAGGCCCUCCAGGCAGCAAAGGCCCAGGCUCUGCAGGCAGCCACGCUCAGACAACAGCUGGAGGAGAGGGCCCAGAGAGCCUCUGCUCAGCUGCUGGAGGCCAGAGUCUCCUGGGAGGAACAGGAGAGGAUCCUCAAGGAGGAGAUGUCUAAGGUGGCCUCUCGCUCUGAGGAGCUGCAGAGGCAAAACAGCCUCCUCCAUGAACAGAUUCAGACCAUGAGCAGCAAGAUAGCCGCCACCCUGCAGCGCCAGGUCAACGAGUGCCCUCUGAACAUCUCCCUCACUGAGCAGGGAAAGUCUCAGGACCAGGUCCUCGAGAUACUCAGGUUUGUGCGUCGGGAGAAGGAGAUAGCGGAGUCACGGUUCGAGGUGGCCCAGGGAGAAAGUCUUCGCCACAGGCUGAGAGUGGAGCACCUGGAGAGAGAGCUGAGAGAACUGCAGGAAAGCUUUAGUGCUGAGCGGGAAAGGAUGCAGGUGACAGCUAAGACCCUGGCUCAGCACGAUGAGCUGAUGAAGAAGACUGAGACCAUGAGUGUCCUGAUGGAGACCAACAAGAUGCUGAGGGAGGAGAAGGAGAGGAUGGAGCAGGAGCUGCAGCAGACACAGGCUAAAGUGCGUAAGCUGGAGUUAGACGUAAUGCCCAUGCAGGAGUCCAACGCUGAACUGAGUGAGAAGAGCGGCAUGCUGCAGGCAGAGAAGAGGAUUCUGGAAGAGGACAUCAAACGCUGGAAGGCCAGAACACAGCAACUGGUGAGCCAGCAGAAGGACCCGGAGGAGUACAAGCGUCUCCACUUUGAGAAAGAGGCUCACCUCAAACGCAUCCAGCAACUCACUGAGGAGACAGGCAGGCUCAAGGCUGAGGUGACCAGGAGUGGCGGGUCGGUGACAUCCCUGCAGAGCCAGGUGCAGAUGCUGCGUGAAGGCCUGGGGAAGGUGAGCUCUGAGAGGGAUGCGCUGAGGAGGGACGUAGAGGCCAAGAACCUGGACAUCCAGGAAAAGUUCCGCACCAUCACUCAGGUCAGGAAGAUCGGCCGCCGCUACAAGACCCAGUAUGAUGAGCUCAAGGUGGAGCACGACAAGAUGGUGUCAGAGGCAGCAUCCACACCAGCCCAGGAGCAGGAGGUCCAGCAGGCCUCAGCCCAGGAGGUCCAGGGUCUGAGAGACUCCCUGGGACAGUCUGAGACCCGGACUAGAGACCUAGAGGGACAGCUGGAUAACCUCAACAAGGUGGUGGCUGAGCGUGAGGCAGAGGUGCGUGGGGCCCAAGAGCAGGCCUCCGGGCUGCAGACGGAGCUGACCAGGUUGAGACAGGAGCUGCAGGAGAAGGCCUCCCAGGAGGACACCCUCAGACAGCAGAUGUCUGAGAAGGAGGAGAAGACCAGAAAAGCCCUCGUAGGGGCCAAGCAGAAGAUCAACCAGCUCAUCGGCUCCAAGGACCAGCUGCAGAAGGAGAACGAGGAGCUGAAGCAACAGAGGGAGGAGCUGGAGGUCAGGGUCAGUGCUCUGAAGUCACAGUACGAGGGCCGUCUGAGCCGACAGGAGAGGGAGCUGCGGGACCUGAGGGAGCAGCAGGAGAGACAUGGGGAGCAGAGGGAUGAGCCUCCUGAACAGGGCCUCAGCAAGGCCCAGGAACAGCAGAGGACCACCGAGCAGAGAGGACCACUGAAGACCACCCCAGCUGCAGACAGGGGCAGCGCCAGUACCUCAGAGCCCCCCACUGCCAACAUCAAGCCCACUCCUCUGGGGGCCCAGGGCCAGAGCAAGCCCCCUGUCAACCCUGGGAACAAGUCCACUCCCCGGGCCAGCAUCCGGCCCAUGAUCACCCCCGCCACUGUGCCCACCCCCACUCCUACUGCUACCGUCAUGCCCACCACACAGGUGGAGAACCAGGAAGCCAUGCAGUCUUCUGAGGGCCCGCUGGAGCAUGUGACCGUGUAUGGCAGUGCCAGCGGUUCAGUACGGUCAACCAGCCCCAGCGUUCAGAACACCAACCCAGUGCUGGCGGUCCAGCAGAACCAGACCACAGCCUUUGUCCAACCAACACAGCAACAGAGCCUGCCCCACACUGAACCAGCCAAUCAAGAGCAGCCCCUGGCCCCAGUCGUCAUUGAAGCUGCACCCAGCUCGCAAGUGGAGAGGCCUUCAACGUCCACAGCUGUGUUUGGGACAGUUUCAGCCACCCCAGGGACAUCCUCCAUGUCCAAGAGACCGCGUGAGGAGGAGCAGGACACCUCUACGGUGACUGACACGGACACCCCCCAGGAGGACCCGUCUGAACCCCCCAUCCCCAAGAAGCUACGCAUCAUCCAGAGGGUAGACCCAGAGGAGCCAGAGGCCCAGGAGGAGGUGCUGGCUGAGAGCAGUACAGAGGGAUUGGUGCCUGGAGAGAGCCACGAGGCCCCAGAGAGCAGCCAGCAGGUGGUGGAGGAGUACCCAGUACUAGACGAGGCUGAUGAGGGGACAGCGUCUCAGUCUGUCCCCGUAGAGCUACUUCUGUCCCAGCCCACCGAGGUUACACUCUCAUACGACUCCCCCGAAGAAUCCCCUCAGCACGAUGUCAUCGUCAUAGUGACUGACUCGGAGAGCGAGGAUGAGCAGGAGGAUGACGAGGAAGAGGAACCGGACUAUGAUGAAGAGGAGGAGGAGGAGGAAGAUGAGGAUGAAGAGGAUGGCGGGAUGGGAGAAGAGGGAGAGGAGAGCAACGAAGGUAGCGGAGACGGCAACGAGGCAUACGAAGACGACUACACAGAGGGUGCUGACGCGACAGACCCAGGCACGGAGACAGAGGAGAGUCUAGGAGCAUCGGACUCCACUCAGCGCCCGUACGACUCCCAGACACACAGCUGUAAGACGAUGGAUACUCUGUCACACACCGUUGUCUCGGCAGCCACCUAUGAAACUUUCGCAGGAAUGUCUGCGGGAGAUGUUAUAUUUGAGGGCAGCAGCAGUAUGGAAGCCUUCUCCAGUGAACCAACCAGUUCUGCUCCCAGAAUGCCCCGGUCACCACGGAGGGCACCCCACCCGCUGCCCCCCCGUCUCAACAUCACCCAGGAACUGGGCCCCCCUGCUCAGGUACAGCCCUCCAUGCGUCGCCAGUCUGUAGGCAGAGUCCCUCAGCUCACCCCUGGGAUGGCCAGCAGCGGACAGCACUACUUUGACGAUGAUGACAGGAUGGUACCCAGUACUCCUACUCUGGUGGUGCCACACCGCUCUGACGGCUUUGCAGAAGCUAUCCAUUCUCCCCAGGUGUCUGGUGUUCCCCGGUUCAGGUUCGGCACCCCAGAGGACCUGAUAUCCCAGACCUCCCACUCUGACCUGGGACAGCUGGCAUCACAAGGAGGUCUGGGGAUGUUUGAUAGUCCUCUGUUCCUGCCAGGUCAUGAGGAUGAGUCUGGGGGCCGCAGUGUUCCCACCACACCCCUGCAGGUGGCUGCCCCAGUGUCCAUAUUCACAGAGGUCCCGCCCUCUGAAUGCCCCGAACACUCCUCCCUGUCUGUUCCUAUGGUAACCAGCUCUACCCCGGGCCAGGCGGUGGCUGGAGGACCCCCUCCUAGGGACGAGAGCGAUGUCUUAAUGGAGCCUGAGGGAGACCGUGUGGAGGUGUCUCUGGAGCCUGUGGCGUCUCAGGCAGGGGAGAUGGAGGAACCUGCCCAGCCCUCAGACGACGCAAGCCUGCCUUCUACCAGCCAGGAACCCUCCUCCAGCUCUGCAGACACUAGUAGCACUCAGCCCAAACCCUCUAGACCAGGACCCAGCCGACAGCUCCAACGCUGGACAGAGAACCAUAUGAGGAGAGGUUAGAUAACACACACAUUUAUACUGUACACAGCUCUUAAUACCACGUAUAUUAAACAUGUCCACAUCCAUUGUUGAUGUUAAAGCAAUUUUAAUAGUCACAAGAUAAAACAUUUAAUGUAAAAUUGUUACAUUAGCAUUGUCUUUGCAUUAUAUAUUAUAUAAUGUGAUUUGUUUUUACAUUGGUAAAGCAGACCGUUGUCUCAUCAGUAUGUGUCUUUUGAUGGGAACCAGGGACGUUGCCAUCACGGGGUGUAACUGGGACUGGGAGGAGAUUCGCCAGAUGAACAACCAAUCAGAGCUCCUGCCCUGACAUCAUCGCCAUGGCACUACAAGAUUGGUCACCAUGGUUCCAAAGAGAACACCCGCGGUCACCAUUAAUCGAAAUGACAUAUCGCGUUUUAGAAUCGGUUCUAGUCAUGAUGAUCAUGGAUCAUUUCAUUGUUAUGAUUAAUCGUAUUUUUUUGUACUUAAAGUUAGCAAGGACUCCGCUUACAAAAGCAUUGUGGUGUUGGUUUUUAUGACUAAUAAAGUUUGUGUGACUCAAUCGGU